AUGGCGGACAAGGUUCAGAUAGCUCAGCAUGAGCAGCCCAUUGAGAAGCGUGGCAAGCGCAAGUCGUGCAUGCGACACUGCGCCAAGUUCUGGUGGAUUUACCUCCUGGCCUUCAUCGCCAUUGUCGUCCUCGUCGUCUGCUUGAUCAUCUUCGUGGCUAUUCCCAAGAUCGCCCAGAACAAGUUGGACCACGCCGAGCUCACUGUUGAUGGCAUCAUUGUCACCAAGACCGAGGAGGACAAGUUCAACAUGGCCAUCAACUCGACCAUCCGCUCCAAGGCCGGUGUCAAGGCCAAGAUCGCCCCCUUCGCCGCCGUCAUGUACCUCGAGGACAUUGAGUCGCACAUCCCCUUUGUCCACCUCGACUUCCCCGAGACCGAGUCUGUCAAGAUCCAGACCGUCAACACCACCCAGGAGGUCACGAUUCCUGACAUGGAUGCCUUCACCACCUUCAACACCUGGCUGCUCGGCAACGAGACCCUCCGCGUCACCGUUGAGGGCAAGACCCACGUCAAGGUCAACGGCAUCUCCAGGAAGUACGGCGUCACCUUCAAGAAGACCAUGGAGCUCACCGGCCUGAACCACUUCAAGGGUCUUACCGUCACCUCGAACCGCGUCAACAUUACCCACGACGACAACGGCGACAACUUCUUCGGCUGGGUUGAUAUUCCUAACCCCUCCGUCUUCACCAUUGAGAUUGGCAACGCCUCCUUCCACACCUACUACAACUCGUCCAACAUUGGUACCGCCUUCCUUGACGACCUCUACCUCUACCCCGGUAUCAACAACGUCAGCAUGCGCGCCAACAUCAGCACGGCCCCCGUCGUCCGCGCCAUGAGCUCCGAGCCCGCGUGCGACACUGGUAUCGUCGACUUCCAGCUGGGUGGCCGUGACGUUUUCAACAACGGCGAGGACCUUGCCUACUUUGGCAACGCUCUCAGUGUCUCCAACCUCACUGUCCCCAUUGAGUUGGCGACGGCCUUUGAGAGGGACGUUGGUCUCACCUUUGAGUGCUAA